AUGAGUAAAACAAGUGAGUGGAAUACCAACGAAGAAAGUGGCAAAGAUAUCUCGAAGCGAUUUCGGGCAGGAUGUUGGAAACCAAUUUUAUGUGGAUUUAUUGUCGGUGCACUUUGUGCUGGAAUUGCUCUUGGUGCUCUAAUUACACAAUAUAUUCAAGAUAUACAAAAAACAACAACAACGACAACGACGACAAUAUCAAUUACUACAGUACCACUAACUCAGAGUGGAGUCCAGCUAGAUUUCGAUCCAAAUUCAUUACCAAGUGGAUGGUCAUUAUGCUUUAAUAAUACGUAUGCAGACACCAUGGAUCAGUUAAGUCUUUCUACAAUAUUAUCUUCAUGCAACAAAACCAAAUUACUACUUGGAUGUCGGCAAGUCAAUACUGUGAAAUUAACUGUAGCAGCAAUGGGCAAUCGAGCUGACGUUCUUUAUGAUUGUAGUACUAUAGAGAAUUGUACUCAAAUAGCCAAUGGUGUUGGAUGGUAUUAUUCUGAUUCAUAUUCAUGGGGCUUUGUAAAUGGUUCUGAUGCUGUAGAACGAAAUAGUUGUGAUACAGAAUCAACAAAUGACGCUUAUCGUUUAUGUUGGCAUACGGAUGGUGGAAGCGGGGGAUACAGAUGUGGAACGACAACUGGCUUGAAUUCGGAUACAACUUGGGAAAGGAUCAUUUAUCAUGCUAAUUGA